GUCAGUUUUCAUGUCAGUGAUAGGAGGUAACAGGCAGGAUUUAAUAACAAUAAAUAAUAAUCCAAGCGCGUUCAAGUGUGUUUCCGUUCAGAUUUAUCGUUAUUGUGCAUAUAUUAAAAUAAUCGGUACUGAAAGAACCAACGAGCAUGACUGGAAACAUUAGUAAGCAUUGGUGCACCCGUAAGGCUAACUUCGAGACGAUUAUUUUAACAUGGACCAUCGAGAACGCAAGCUUUGUAUUAAGUCCAGCGCAGCAAGUUUGCAUUGCGUCCGAUCAAUUCUUUUCUCGCAACAAAACUCAGAAGUGGUGUAUGGUCGUAAGAAACCAUUAUGGCAAGCACCAUUUAUAUGGAGUGUAUUUGAUGGUUCAAACCAAACAAAAAGUUCAAGCGGAAUUCUCCAUAUCCAUACUUAGCUCCACCGUUAACCAACUAGCAUGUCUGAAAACAGAAGAAACCACUGGUGCAUCUAUAAGGCUAAAUUUGAGACGCUUAAUUUAACGUGGACCAUCGAGAACGCAAGCUUUGUAUUAAGUCCCGCACGGCAAAUUUGCAUUAUGUCUGAUCAAUUCUUUUCACGUAGAACGCAAAAGUGGCGUAUGGUCGUAAGAAACCAUUAUACCAAGCAUCAUUUAUAUGGAGUGUAUUUGGUGGUUCAAACCGGCCAACCGGUUGAAGCCGAAUUGUCCAUAUCAAUACUCAGUUCCACCGGUAAGAAGCAGAAUACCCAUAAAUUUGCAGCCCGUGAGUUCCCACAUAAUCAGGAAAUAGGAUUUGAAAAUUACUUCAAUCUACAUGAGCUACUGCUGAACCAAGAACUGACUACGAAUGAUACUCUAACGCUGCACUGCGAAGUGAAGGCAUUGGUGGAUAGUUUCAACAUAUCGGGCAAAGGGCAAGGAGUCCAAGCAGCGUCAUUCUGUUUGCCGUUGAAGAAUUUGGAUGAACGAUUCGAGGGUUUGCUGCAAAGCGAAAGGUACACCGAUGUCGUUAUUGUCGUACAAAAUCGCGAGUUAAAGGCUCAUAAAUUCAUGUUGGCUUCGCAGAGCAUAGUUUUCGAAGCUAUGUUUGAAUCAGACAUGAGAGAAAAACAGGAAAGCCGUAUCAUAAUUAGCGAUUUGGAGUACGAGGUGAUAGAGCAAAUGCUUCUCUACAUGUACACCAGCAAGGUGCCAAAACUGAAAUCAUUGGCCGAUCGAUUGCUGGUGGCAGCCGACAAAUAUGCGCUGGAUGAUCUCAAGGUUGUGUGCGAGCAAGCCCUUUGUGAAGAUUUGACGACCAAUAGGGCGAUCGAAUUGCUAGCCUUGGCGGAAUUGUAUAACGCAAGCCAACUGAAGAUCCACGUCACGCAAUUUCUGGACGAUAACAUUAAGGAAGUUAGGGAAACGACCGAAUGGAAGAAAAUGAUCGAGAAGCAUUCGUUUAGGGUGCGGCCUAGGCAAUCCAGAGUACCGAAGACUGCGUUCAUGAGAGGUAUUUUUCGUCUUGUUUCGCUAAUAUGCUGGCUCAGCAAUGUUUUUAGCGGAUAUAUUAUUAUGCACCGAGGUAUUUUGAAUGCUCUGACAUUCGGGGUUUUCCAUUUAUAAACGUAGAUAUUAUUAUGAAAUUUAUCAUUUCUAAUUUCGAUUAUAUGUUAAAUAAAAUUUUUGUAAUACAAGAAAAAA